AUGGAGACGAGAACGUGGAACUACACGGAAGUUGAGGAAUUCAUUCUCUUGGGGCUGACCAGUCACCCAAAGCUGCAGAUUGUUUUAUUUGUGGUAUUUCUUAUCACUUAUGUUGUAUCCCUUAUGGGUAAUGUCCUUAUUAUUUUUAUCAGCAGGACAAGCCCCCGUCUCCAUACACCAAUGUAUUUCUUCUUGAGUAACUUAUCAUUUUUGGACAUAUGGUACACCUCCAGUAUAGUUCCAAUAAUGCUCAAAAACUUUUUGUCACAGAAGAAAAGUAUAUCGUUUGAGGGCUGUUUCACACAACUGUUUAUACACCUAUGUUUAGGAGGCUCUGAGUGCUACCUUCUCUUAGCAAUGGCUUACGAUCGCUAUGUGGCUAUUUGCAGCCCUUUACACUAUACCACCAUUAUGCAUCCAAGUUUAUGCAUUAAAAUGGCAGGUGGCUGUUGGACUGGGGGUCUUAUAAACUCAUUAAUUCACACAUUGGUUGCAUUGCGAUUGUCAUUCUGUGGCCCAAAUGUCAUUAAUCAUUUCUUCUGUGAGAUUCCAUCUGUAUUAGAGCUGUCCUGCACAGAUGCUUCUCUCAAUAAGACCAUAAUUUUCCUCUGUGCUAUUUUGGUAGUUAUGGGCCCAUUUUUCCUCAUUCUCAUUACAUAUGGGUACAUUAUCUCCAGUAUACUUAAGAUCAGUACAUCAGUGGGCCGGAAGAAGGCUUUUUCCACUUGUGCUUCACACAUUAUUGUAGUCACUUUAUUCUAUGGUACAAUCAUUUUUAUGUACAUGAGACCAGGAGACACUCAUGUGGCCAACCAGGAUAAAAUGGCCACCUUGUUCUAUAGUGUUGUGACUCCAAUACUCAACCCUCUCAUCUACACAUUGAAAAACAAGGAUGUUAAAGGAGCAUUGCUAGAGAUCACAAUAAAAGGUUUCCGACUGUUCAUAUAA